AUGGCAGAUAGACACGCUCGUAACCCUCACCGUGGGGGCGCGAGAGACUACAGCGACAGAGACAAACACGGCAGAGACAACCGCGAGCGAGACCGAGAUCACGACCGUAGCCGUGGUCGGGGAGGAGGUAGGGGUGGCCGAGACGAUCGAGAUAGAGACAGCCGACGAUACAGGUCCCGAUCCAGAGACAGGCAUGGUCGUGACCAUGACCGUAACCGCAGGCGCUCGCGCUCCCCGGUUCGCGACAGAGAGGGGCACGAUCGACGCGACGAUUGGGCCAGAGACGGAGGUAGAGGAGGCCGGCGUGGCGGUCCUAAAGACUCUCGCCGUGAUCGAGGUGACGUCGAUAAGGAUGGUAUGAGCAAACCAGACAGAGACAGAAAAAAGCGCCGCUCAGCCUCACCGCUCCGAGAGCCAGAACCACACGUGAAAUCUCCACGGAGUCCCAUACAAGCAGCAGCGCACGACGAUCACCGUCUUUCGAUAAGGUCGAAAUCUGAGAACGUCCCAGCUGCUACGACACCGGCACCGGCACCGGCACCCGUGUCGUUCAAGGUCAAGGGACACGACCAACGCCGACCCGACAGCACACAUGUGGAGGAGCAGCAUCAGGCGUCCCGAGAGCGGACAGAAGAGCACGAAGAGGAACAUGUUUCGAGGGGAAGGUUUGAUGCAGAUCCUAUGGACGAGGACGAGGAAGAAGACGUGAUUGUUGAAGACGAUGGCCUUGGAGACAUGGCUUCCAUGAUGGGCUUUGGCGGUUUUGGAACUACCAAGAACCAGAAGGUCAAGGGUAAUAAUGUUGGGGCGGUGCGGAAGGAGAAGAAGACAGAGUAUCGCCAGUACAUGAACCGUGUCGGCGGUUUCAAUAGGCCCCUCAGCCCGAGUCGCUGGAAGCAAUCGUUCCAUCUGGUCACCCUGAUUCGAAUUGCUAUCCUUUUGUCGUUGUUUGGUCAGGGGAAGAUUUCAUCCCCAGUCUUCAUCAAAAUGAGCGCCUCAAAAGCAAAAGACAAGGCAUCUACUGCUGAUGUGAGCAAGAAGGACAAGAAAGACAAGAAGGAGAAGAAAGCUUCCAAGACCAAGGAGGUCACUGCUACUUCUGAGCCGGCUGAAGUCAUUGCGGAGACCGAGUCGGCCUCCAAGAAGGGGAAGAAGUUCAGGAAAUCGAGAGAUGACAGCAGCAGACAGGAUGCGAAACGCAAGCGUGAGGAGGAUAACGACGAUAUGGCAAAGAACAACGAUGAAAAGGCUGCUGAGGACGAGGUGAAGCCCUCCAAGAAACGCAAAUCGGAGGACAAGUCCAAGUCCAAUGACAAGGAUGAGAAGAAGGAGGAGAAGAAGACGAAGGACAAAAAGGACAAGAAGCGGAAGCAUGGCGAUCACUAUAGCGACGAAGAGGAGGAACAGAAGGACGAGCCAAUCGUCAAGGUCGCCAAGAUCGUACAGGGGGAGGGGCUUGGAUCUAACAAGGCUGAGAAGGAGAAGAAAUCUAAGAAGGAUGCCAAGAAAUCCAAGGGCGAGAAGGAGAGCAGCGACAGCAGCGAGAAGAAGCACAAGGAGAAGAAAGAGAAGAAGGAGAAGAAAGAGAAGAAGGAGAAGAAAGAGAAGAAGGAGAAGAAAGACAAGAAGGAGAAGAAAGACAAGAAGAGCAAGACUGAUAAGGAGGAGGAGGAGGAGGAGGAGGAGGAGGAGCCCGUUGUGGAGAAGGAAGAGAAGACUGAAAGCAAGAAGGAGUCCAAGAAGUCAAAGAAGGAAAAGAAGGAAAAGAAAGAAAAGAAGGAGAAGAAGAAGGGAGACGAGACCAAGACUACAGAGGCCAAAGAAUCGACAGCUACUUUGGCCGCCACCAUCACCACAAACACCAACCCCGCCGCAGUACUCGCAGCCAACUGGAACGUCAACGCGCUCGACGGUGGCGCAUCUCGCCAGUCCAAGAUGAUGAGGUUGCUCGGCGGCAAGAAGCUUGCUGCCGACGGUGCCGCCGCCGCUGCGGCAGCGAAGAAGACGUUCGAUGUCAACCAAGUGUCUCAGGAGCUCGAGCAGCAGUUCAAGGCUGGCAUCCACCAGAAGUUCGAGACGGGUGGUCAGCGACGCGGUUUGGGUGCAUAA